UAUGGACGUGUCGAGAGCGUCAAGGUCCUGCGGAAGCGCGGGUCGGAGGGCGGCGUGGCAGCCUUUGUGGAUUUUGUGGAUAUCAAAAGUGCACAGAAGGCUCACAAUGCUGUCAACAAAAUGGGGGACAGAGACCUGCGCACUGACUACAACGAACCUGGGUCUGUCCCUAGUGCUGUUCGGAGCCUUGAUGACAACCCCCCUUCGAGCAGUCACGGGCGGGAUGUUUCAGGAUUCUCUAGGGGGGCAGUGGGUCCAGUGUUUGGCCCCCCAGUGUCCCUCCACACCAGAGAGGGGCGGUAUGAACGGAUAAGAGACUGGUAAGUGGACAUAGUCUCCCUCUGAAGUACUGGGGGAUCAGGGUGUCAGUAAAAAAAAGCAUUAUCCCACAAUAACAUGAUUUCAUUGUUGGGUUAUUAAUAAAACAAGGGGAAUAGAUUCCUUACAGUUUUACAUAAAGGUAACCUAGGGAACAAUCUCUUCACCGUCCGCACAGACCUGGCCUUUUUCGCAGGAUCUAAGUGAAUUAUUUAUGCAAAUCUAUUGGUCAUUAAAGAUGUAUGAGGUAUUAUCAUUCAAAAUUUCGGAUGUAUUAUGUGAGACGUAUCCUGCUUUCACGUUGGAUAUUACACCUGUGGGGAAUAUCCUGGUGAGUUUGGAUAUAUCACAUUUGUUGGAUUUUAUCCUGGUGAGUUUUCGGAUAUUUUCAUUUUACAAACCAUGGAUUCUAACCGUGAUUUACCUGGGAUCGUUGCCUGUGAUGGAUUAAAUACCUCCUAUAUUUUCUUGAGAAUUAUAUUCAGGCAAGUAAAUUCACAUAUGGACUACACAUCAGGAAAGACAGGGAGUAUUGUCGUUUUUUCCUCACCACUUUGCCACUGCUGGACAGAAGGCAUUUUUCUGGAAGUCUCCAAACGAAGGAUAUCUGCUACUCGUCUGGAUUUAAAUAACACCAUGGACCAAAGGAUGUAAGUUGGCUAGGUGUCAUCACAGGGCCCCAUCAGUACAUCAUUAACCGCUAGUUGAUCAUUUGCAGAUAAGGGAAUUUACAUUUUACAGGGUGUAAUUGUAAUUUAGUAUGGAGCUUAUAUCAAAAGGAACUAAAGAGAAACUGAGGAGUAACAGAAAACACCCAUCAAGAAAUUCCAUGGAAAUAUUUUUUGGAGAGAGAUGGCCAUGAAGACAACUGAAGACAUGCAUUUUGGAUGUACAUCAUGGAAGUAAUCCCCACAUUGGAUGUAAGGAUGUUGGGUAUAGGAUGUACACAGGUGUAACCACACUUCUUUUGCUGGAUUACUCUGCUCUAGUGUGGAUUUAGCUGUAUAUCCUCUCAGCAUCACUAUUUGGGGUUACGAACAAAGAACAGAAACGUCUGCAUUUUCAAAGAAAACCGAAAGAAGCCUGAAGAUGUCAUCUAUACAGUGAUGGGAGUAGACUGUUUAUUUGGCCCUUGGGAUAUGUAAUAGUGCUAUUUUAAGGAAUUAAUUACGUUGCAGUGGACUAGGAUUAUUCCGUGCAUUAUGGUGAGAGAAGAUACUGUUUUUUUUAUUGGAGGGUAAGCACAUGGGCUUGCUAGUUUCGAGGAGGACUAAUACAGUAAUAUGCAGAUAUCUGACUUGUUGCUUCUUUAUUCUAGCAAGUUGGAUAUGUUUUCAGUCUCUCCCAUCUCAAGUGUCACUUUUGAAAUGCACUGCUAUGCCCUUAAGUGUGCCUCAUCUUUUUUUCAAAUCAUACCUGUAUCAAACGUUGUCAUAAGAAAUCAAUUUCUUUGGUUAUUUUGUUUUCUUUCUUUUUCCAUCAAAUGAAGAGAUUAAGAGAUGGUGGAUUAUACCUAAAAUACCUGCCCUACCCAUUGUUCUACUCAAAUGUCGAAGACUAUACAUAUGAAGACAAUAACCUUUUUGCUCAAGUUUUUUAAAUCCGAAUGAUUUUUGCUUUUUAUUCCGGCUCACACAAUUCUGACGACCUAGAUUGUAUUUGGGAUUAUAGGUUCGGUUACUGCUUUUGGAAAAGGUUGGUAUUGUCCUGCCCUCUGCAUCUCUUUUUCUCGUCUCCUGCACUAAUUGUUAGAGCUUUUAGAGAAAAAGAUGCAGCUGCUUGGGCCAGAGGGCUUCUGCAGACACCUUUUGUGCGAAUGGCUUGUCUUUCUCUUCCUUGCGCUUUUUUUCUCUUUCUGUUACUCUUUUUCUGUCUCUCCCUCCCGUUCUUGCUUUUUCUCCUCUUAGUUACUAGGUGGCUUAAUAUAGGCUAGUUAAGAUCUAGCAGGUCCACCAGCAUUUCCCUCACCUGCCAAGACCCCCUGUUCUUACUUGAUUCAGAAAUUGUAUUUGAUCUGAGUAGGAACUCACUUGCCUACUCUGACAAAUGCCAAAUGUGAUAUGUGAUAUGACACAGCUUCCAGAUAAUUAGAAUAAAUGCAAACGAUAAGUUCAAUAGUUUCACAGAUCAUAAUUACGGUUGCGGUAGUGUUACGUUUGGCCAACAAAUACAUUCUCACAAUGUGUGUUCAUGCAUUUUUGAGUCUCAAGCAUGGCCCUUAUAUUUAGUUUAAUGUCCGAGGGUUACCUUACUCAAUGCUAGAACUGGGAAGAUAAAUAGAAACAUUAUCGACACCGAUCACUUAUCGCAGGAAUUUUGUUGAUAUCAUUCAUUACGAUAAGUAGCCUAUACUAGAGAAAUGUUAAGUUUGAAAUUAAAUUAUUGUUAAAUGGGACAAUUGAUGGCUACAACCAUCAAACUAGUAGUAGUAGUUUAAAGGAUAAUAAAUAAGAAAAGGUGGUAAACUCAUCAUUCUAUUUAUCAUUAUCGCAUCAAUUCAGGCAAUUUAUCACAAUAUAGAUUUUUUCCCCCCAUAUCGCCCAGCUCUAUUCUACAGUGAAGGAAAAAGUAUUUGAUCCCCUGCUGAUUUUGUACGUUUGCCCACUGACAAAGACAUGAUCAGUCUAUAAUUUUAAUGGUAGGUUUAUUUGAACAGUGAGAGACAGAAUAACAACAAAAAAAUCCAGAAAAACGCAUGUAAAAAAUGUUAUAAAUUGAUUUGCAUUUUAAUGAUGGAAAUAAGUAUUUGACCCCUCUGCAAAAUGAGAGUGACAGUACUUGGUGGCAAAACCCUUGUUGGCAAUCACAGAGGUCAGACGUUUCUUGUAGUUGGCCACCAGGUUUGCACACAUCUCAGGAGGGAUUUUGUCCCACUCCUCUUUGCAGAUCUUCUCCAAGUCAUUAAGGUUUCGAGGCUGACGUUUGGCAACUCGAACCUUCAGCUCCCUCCACAGAUUUUCUAUGGGAUUAAGGUCUGGAGACUGGCUAGGCCACUCCAGGACCUUAAUGUGCUUCUUCUUGAGCCACUCCUUUGUUGCCUUGGCCGUGUGUUUUGGGUCAUUGUCAUGCUGGAAUAUCCUUCCACAACCCAUUUUCAUAGCCCUGGCUGAGGGAAGGAGGUUCUCACCCAAGAUUUGACGGUACAUGGCCCCGUCGAUCGUCCCUUUGAUGCAGUGAAGUUGUCCUGUCCCCUUAGCAGAAAAACACCCCCAAAGCAUAAUGUUUCCACCUCCAUGUUUGACAGUGGGGAUGGUGUUCUUGGGAUCAUAGGCAGCAUUCCCCCCCCGUCCAAACACGGCGCGUUGAGUUGAUGACAAAGAGCUCGAUUUUGGUCUCAUCUGACCACAACACUUUCACCCAGUUCUCCUCUGAAUCAUUCAGAUGUUCAUUGGCAAACUUCAGACGGGCCUGUAUAUGUGCUUUCUUGAGCAGGGGGACUUUGGGGCGCUGCAGGAUUUCAGUCCUUCAUGGCGUAGUGUGUUACCAAUUGUUUUCUUGGUGACUAUGGUCCCAGCUGCCUUGAGAUCAUUGACAAGAUCCUCCCGUGUAGUUCUGGGCUGAUUCCUCAGCGUUCUAAUGAUCAUUGCAACUCCACGAGGUGAGAUCUUGCAUGGAGCCCCAGGCCGAGGGAGUUUGACAGUUAUUUUGUGUUUCUUUCAUUUGCGAAUAAUCGCACCAACUGUUGUCACCUUCUCACCAAGCUGCUUGGCGAUGGUCUUGUAGCCCAUUCCAGCCUUGUGUAGGUCUACAAUCUUGUCCCUGACAUCCUUGGAGAGCACUUUGGUCUUGGCCAUGGUGGAGAGUUUGGAAUCUGAUUGAUUGCUUCUGUGGACAGGUGUCUUUUAUACAGGUAACAAGCUGUAUAUAAGAGUGUGCUCCUAAUCUCAGCUCGUUACCUGUAUAAAAGACACCUGUGAGCCAGAAAUCUUUCUGAUUGAGAGGGGGUCAAAUACUUAUUUCCCUCGUUAAAAUGCAAAUCAAUUUAUAACAUUUUUGACUUGUUUUUUUCUGGAUUGUUUUGUUGUUAUUCUGUCUCUCACUGUUCAAGUAAACCUACCAUACCUACCAUUAAUAAAUACCUACCAUUUAUAGACUGAUCAUUUCUUUGUCAGUGGGCAAACGUACAAAAUCAGCAGGGGAUCAAAUACUUUUUUCCCUCACUGUAUGCCUCCAGAGUAGAUCUGCCCCAUUUUAUUUCCUAACAGAUACAACCUGUUGUCUGUCAGCAUUAAUACUCGAGGACAUCAUUUAAUACCUACAUAGAUCCCGUGCUCAGCAGGGUCCCUGUUUGUGUGUGUAUUUAAGUUUAAGUUUUAUCAGUGCACUGCCUAUUUUAAACUUCAUUGUGUAUUGGAACUAUCCAAUAGUUAUCUGUAUUUUUGGAGUCACACUAAUACUCUCCCUCUCGCUAUAUCUCUUCUCUCUCUCUCCCCUAUCCAUCCAUCCUUUACCUGUGUCUUCCAGCAGCUCCGAGAGCCGGGAGCGUGCAUAUGAUCACAGCCCCUAUGGACACCAUGAGCGCGCUGGCACUUUUGAUAGACAGCGCCACUACAACGCAGACUAUUACCGUGAUCGCACCAUGUUUGCAGCUGGAGUUAGCCCUGGCCCUGGAAGUAGCAGUGCCAUGGGUGGGAGCUUUGAAACCCCGGACGCUCAUUUUGAGUCCAGGAUCCGAGGAGAUCCCUUCACCUUGUCUAGUGCUGCACGCCGCGACCCCUAUCGAGAUGACAGGGGACGUCGUGUUGACAGAACUUACCAUCACCGCCGCAGUCGGUCAUCUCAUUCCUCACAGUCUCGACACACCUCCCCACAAAGGACCACGGGGCAAACACCCAAAGCCCCCCAUUCCCCCAAAAGAGCCCCCCUCUCCCCAGGACGAGGUCCAUGCUCUAGGUCCCGCAGUAGGUCCUCUAGCUCUGAUUCUGUCAGUAGCACCAGCAGCACCGGCAGUGGCAGGUAGGAUGUGCUUUUGUGAUGGUAUGGUGGAGCACAAAUCAGUCAAUUAGCCUAUGUUGUAGAGAUGUGUGCAAGAGAUGGGAACAUAUUCCACUUACCCAGUUGUAAAAUAUCUUGCUUGACUCUAGAAUUAUGGAGAGAAUUUCACUGACCUGAGAUGCAUACAGAUGUACCCUUUUAUUUAGUAAAGUUAGCUGAAGAUCAUCUGAACAUUUCCCCCUCUUUCCUCACAUUUGUCCAUUUGGCAGCAGCGAUUCAAACAGCAGCUCAAGUGAUGGGUCUCGUGCACGCUCUGUUCAGUCCUCUGCUACACAUGCACCUCCCUCUCAGCCCUGCUCCAUGGUGAUGGAAGGUGAUGAGCCACGCAGAAGCUUUGGCAUCAGGGUGCAGAACCUACCAGUGCGCUCCACAGGUAAGUACCACUACCUAGCAGCAUACUCAUAAACAUGCAGUCUGCCUGGACUUUGCUGUGCACCUUGACAUUCUGGUUCCACUUUGCUGGGCACCAUGACAUUCUGGUUCCACUUUGCUGGGCCCCAUGACAUUAUGUAAUAAAUAUCGUAAUCCUCUGCCAUUUCGUGUCUACAUGGUGAGCUAUAGCGCUAGCUAAUCAAAGCACUUUUUCCCCCUGCAUUCUCCACCUUUAGAUAACAUUUUAUUUUGUCCCUCACGAUGCAGCUGCAUGACCCAUAUCAAGCAUCAAUUAACUGUCAAUUUCCCUCUCCAGACACAAGUUUGAAAGAUGGACUGUUCCAUGAGUUCAAGAAACAUGGGAAAGUGACAUCCGUGCAGAUCCACGGGGCUUCAGAGGACCGAUAUGGUCUGGUGUUCUUCAGACAGCAGGAAGACCAAGAGAAAGCCCUCAACGUCUCCAAAGGAAAGCUUUUUUUCGGCAUGAUGAUCGAGGUUUCUGUCUGGAACGGCCCUGGUAUGAAACUUUUUAGUGUCUAAAUGUAAUGUCAUAUCUGUAAUUCUUUCAUUAUUUGAGCUUGGGCCUUAAAUCCUAAUGAUGGAGUUGUAAUGAGUGGUCAUUCACAUACUGUUGAGAGUACUUGUAUUGUCUUGUUUAGUGAUUGUAAUAGAAGUCUUUCCCUCAGAAACCGAGAGCGAGAAUGAAUUCAGGCCAUUGGAUGGACGGAUUGAUGAAUUCCACCCCAAGGCCACAAGGACCCUGUUUAUCGGCAACUUGGAGAAGACCACCAGUUACCAACAGCUCCUUGAUAUCUUCCAGCGCUUUGGCGAGAUUGUGGUAUGUAUGUUACUGCACACUGAUGGGUUGUGCUAAGUUAAAUAUCUCUUCUAAAAAAAAAUUGAGAAUUGCCUGUUUUGUUCUUUGUCUUUUAAAUAUUUAUUCAUUUUGUCAUCCCUCAUACAGGACAUUGACAUUAAAAAGGUCAAUGGUAUUCCUCAAUACGCCUUUGUGCAGUAUUCUGAUAUUGCCAGUGUCUGCAAAGCUAUAAAGAAGAUGGAUGGAGAGUAUUUAGGGAGCAACCGGCUCAAGGUAUUAUUCAUAAAUCUAUAUUGCCCUUACCUCUAGUUAUCCAUGAUGGUACAAAAGGAAUUGAGUUCAGUGAUACAGAACUACCCUCAGCAAUUAUUAUUGUCAAUGUUUCUACAUCCUGUGUCGUCUUCUGUCUCCUUUGCAGCUGGGUUUUGGGAAGAGUAUGCCCACAACAUGUGUUUGGCUGGACGGUUUGGCUUCCAACAUUACAGAGCAAUAUCUCACACGCCACUUCUGCCGCUAUGGACAUGUAGUCAAGGUCUACCCUUUUCUCCAUCCCCAAUGUUCUUGGAAUCCCUGAAAUUGUAGAUACUAUAUUAGACUAGUUAUUCUAAACAAGAUUUUUGCUUUUCCUCUUUUAGGUGGUGUUUGACAGGUUAAAGGGGAUGUCUCUCAUCUUGUAUAACAACACAGAUUUUGCACAGGCAGCUGUCAGGGAGACCAAAGGCUGGAAGAUUGGAGGCAACAAAAUAAAGGUAUGAAUAAACAAGUUGAAUUAAUCAGUGACUGACAUUUUAACAGUAAACCAGAUGGAGGGAGCUAAUUUGUUGAUUUUCAGGUGGAUUUUGCCAGCCAAGAGAGUCAGAUGGCUUUUUAUCGCUCUAUGCAGGCCUCUGGGCAAGACAUUAGAGACUUCUACGAAAUUCCAACUGAAAGAAGGUAA